UAGAGUUUCCAAGGAGUGGCUGGUGGAUUCAAACUGCCAACUUUUUGGUUAGCAGCCGUAGCUCUUAACCACUGCACCACCAGGGCUCCAGUGUUACUAAGUCUCCCGGUUAUGAAAUUAAUACCUCUUCAUUGUGGAAGUCUUGAAAAGUAAAAACAAAAACUUUCAUUGCUGUUAAGUUCCCUACCUGGAUAUAAGUCAUUUUCCUUUAAGAAAAAUUCAGUUCAGAAUAAUGUUCUGUCCGGCAAAGCCAUUAUAAAAUGCAUCUGAUGUUUUCCCAGGGUUCCAGAGCACCCAAGGGGGCCAUGGAUUCACUUAGUGAAGCAAAUACCCACCGGUUUGAUCUGUUCCAACAGAUGAGAAAGUGAAAGGAGGGCAACAUCUUCUUCUCCCUGCUAAGCAUAUCAUCUGCGUUAUUCAUGGUCUGUUUAGGUGGACGAAACACCACUGCCUUACACAUGGAGGAGGAUACGAGCAAAUCCGUGCAGAUAAUGAAGCAGAAGUCCUUCAAUUUUGCCUUCCUGGAGGACGUGUAGGCCAAGAUGCUGGAAAUACUAUACAAAGGCAAAGUUAGCAUGUUUGUGCUGCUGCCAAAUGAAGUAGACAGUCUGAAAAAGAUAAAACUUAUUGAAGAUACACUCAUCGCAGAGAAAUUACUAGAGUGGAUGAGCUCAUCGAGUAUGCACAGGAUAGAUGUGGACUUAUUCUUACCUCAGUUCAAAGUGAAGGGCUAUGACCUCAAAGCCAUGCUGAGAGCCCUAGGCAUGGUGGACACCUUUAGUCCACAGGAUGCUGACUUCUUGGGCGUGACCGGGAGCCAAUAUCUCAUGAUGUCUAAAGUCCUACACAAUUCCUUUGUGGAGGUGAAUGAAGAUGGGACCCAGGCUGUAGCCGCCAGCACCAGCGUGGAAAUUCUUCCAACAUCCAUACCCAUUUAUGAAACUUUCUGUUGUGAUCACCCUUUCACGUUCUUCAUCAAGCAAAAGACCAACAGCAUCCUCUUCUUUGGCAGAUUAUCUUCCCCUUAGGUGCUGCUAGCCUGUCACUACAUUUGGAAAAGCUCAGAGUUGUUGCAGUAAAAUGACUGCUAGAAAUUACAGAUUCCCUUUCAUUCAUUUUCUUUAUGUAUCUCACAGUCAACACAAAGAAUUUAAUGGUUGAAAUAGCAUGUCUGCCUACCUCUCUUUCCAAACAUAAUUUUUUCCUGUGAAAAUUCCCUUUAGGACAAAAUGUUCAACUUCAAAAAAAGACAAAGGAAUAUUUCAACGCUGUAUCUUCUAAAUUUGAAAUAUCAUUCUGCUUGUGACUCUAUAAAAACAAAACAAUUCAAAUAAUACCUGCUCCGUAAACUUAUUAACCUAGACACCUACAUUUCUUUGAAAUUGGGUGAUACCUGGAACCUUUAUAGUUCUAAAGCUUGUGAUUCUAUAAAAUACAUACAUCAAUAAAACUGAUUUCAUCAAAUUAUUUUUUUUCUUUCCUUUUUCUUUUUAUUUUCCUCUUUCUUUUAAACAAACUGCAAGUGGCCAACCACACAUAGAAAAGGUAACUUGGAAAUAUAUUAACCAUACAGAAAGCAAAAUUCAAAACAAGGUUAGGAGAUAAUGAGGCCUGAGAGAUAGGCGGGGCCCAGAAAAUGAGGGCCUAGUAGCCCAAACUAAGAACUUUUUAUUUUAUUCAAAAAGUAAUAGAAAUUCAUUAUACGUUUUGUUUGUUGUUUGUUGUUUAAAGAGAGGAAUCACAUGCUCAUAUCUGCAUCUUGAAAAUAUACAUCUGCCUCACUUGGUCUCUAUUCACCUGGAGCAAUAGAAGAGAAAAGAGAGUCAAGAAUAGGAGGAAGAUAUGGAAUGUGUGGCUAAUUGCCUCCAUGGACAACUGCCUCCUUUAAUAUGAGACCAG